AUGGAGAGCGAGGUUGCUCGAAUGGACCAGGACAAUAAGCAGCUGAUACUGAGCGCGAUUGGAUUAGCCAUAACAGCGGACUGCUGGAGUUCUUUCAACGCAGACACCGGACGCCUAACAAUUACAGGCCUCAUUGUUGGGGUUACGACAAACAGUCGUCAUAACGUUAUUCUUGUUUGUAUCGCUCUCGGAUAUGAAAGUCAUAGUGCCGAUCUCAUUGCUCAUCACAUCAGAUGUAGUCUUAGCAAACUGAAUAUUGAAAAGUCUUUAGUCUGCGCUAUGGUGGCUGAUGGUGCAUCCAAUAUGAAAAGAGCGGCUGCUAAUUUCAAUGUCAAAUAGGGAGCGCUGGAUAAGUUGCUAGAAAAUCAGUGUAUGGAUCCUUUUGAUGAUGAAGAAUUCAAAACUUUAAAAACAGUGAGAACGUUCCUUGAGCUCUAUUACGAACUUACCAAGAAGAUGUGCGCAGCUCAAGCUACUUGUUCGCUGCUACUUGCUGGAGGGAAACUCCUGUUGGCUAAAACGGAAAGCACUUGUAACGACCCUCGCAUCAAAUCGAAACAGUUCGGAAGCAUAUUGCUUAUGGAAACAAGACGUCACUUUGCCCCUUCUUUCGCAGAUGAAACGUUACGCAUUGCUGCGCUUCUUGACCCGCGCUUCGCAUUUCUUGGAAGGAUAGCAUCUGCAGAUGAGUGGAAAACAAUUGUCGAGAAACUGAUCGAGUCUAAGACCUUGCCGGAAUCAUAUAUGGUAACAAAAGGAGGGGGCGUUUGUGCGGUGAGAGUGCAAGGUUGCUUCUUAUGCAAAUUUAACGUCAACAAAGAGAUAGGAAGAGAGUGUAAAUGCUGGAGCGCUGCAGAAAUCAGGCGCUACAAGAGGAACGCUGAUGGUAGUGAUGAUGACGAUGAAGAUUCCUCGUCCGUCGAGUUUCCCGUUGAGGACACAACAGCAGCAUUUGAAGACAUUGAGGAUUUGGAGGACAUAGAGGAAACCCUCUGA